AUGUGUCUGUUUCUACAGAUCCCUGCUGACACAUACAGCCGACGGUGCGUGUUUAUCAACGAUGGUGGCAAUGCAAUAGAGGGGAACCAGUGGAGUUCUGAGGGGUGUGAGGUGGAAGAGUCCACCGACACCUGUACCACCUGCAGCUGUAACCACCUGACCAGCUUCGCUAUUCUCAUGCAACCUGUGGACUUGGACUUAACUGCUGACCAGGAGGGGGCGCUGUGGUACAUCACCCUGGUCGGAUCGUCCAUCUCAUUGUUGUCACUGGCGACGACAAUCUUUCUGCUACUUUUCUUCGGAAGUUGUUUCGCAGUUUUCUGUUCUAAUUGCUCCAGUUGCUGGAAGACGGAGAGAUCAUUCCUCCUGAUGAACCUGGUCCUGGCGCUCAUGGCGGCUCAGGUCACCUUCCUGGCGGGAAUCAACGCAACAAGCAACCAGACAACAUGCCGAGCCGUUGCCAUCCUGAUCCACUACUUCUUCCUGGCCUCGUUCUUCUGGAUGAUGGCCCAUGGGAUCCAGCUCUUCUUCAAGGUGAAAAGCGUGUUCUCCGCCACACGUGACCGCCGAGUGGAGUUCUUCCUGUUCGGCUGGAUCAACCCCGGCGCCAUCGUCAUCGUGACGUCAGGGGUCAAACCGGAUGGUUACGAGAUGCAGAAGUAUUGCUGGUUGUCGACAGAUAAUGGAAUGGUUUACGCUUUCAUCGGGCCCGUGCUUUUCAUCAUAGUGGUCAACUUCUUCAUCUUGUUCUUCGUCAUCAAGACCUUCAUGUCCAUCAAGGCCAACUGCAAGAAGUCGGACAUCCAGAAGACCAAGGCAGGUAUCCGCGCAUGCGCCGUACUGAUGCCCCUGCUGGGCGUGACGUGGUUGGUUGGUGUGAUAGCUGUGGACCAGACCACCGUGCCGUUUCAGUACAUCUUCGCCGCGGUCAACUCCGCACAGGGACUAUUCAUCUUCAUCUUCCAUGGACUGCAAAACGAAGACGUGAAAGAGUCAGUCCGGCGGUACCGAAGUCGUGCCAAAGUCUCCUCCCUGCGUACGGACUCCAGUCACUCCGUACUCAACGCUAAACUCAUCGGGAAAAACAACCAGACCGGUCUAACUACUGUGCCGUCACCCAAGAGCCAACAUGUCGGCAUAAAAUAAGCAAAGCGCCCUGUCCGAGAAAAGGGACUACAACAUUGCGGCUGACGUUUUGUCAUCGAAAGAAACCAGUCAAGGAAAUGUGCACCGUGGAGAAUGGGGAAAAUUCUCUUUCAAACGAUCUACGAACUAACAUCCGGGAAGGACUGCUUCCCUAGGGCAUUACGGCGAGUUUACAUGCAUAUGUACAGAAAGUAUUUAGUUUCAAGUUAGCAUUGUUUUGUUUGUUCGUUUGUUUAUUUGGAUCGUUAUACUUUUGCUUGUUAAUAAGUGUACUUUUACCAUUUGUUUAUAGGUAUAUCAUGAUUGUGUAAAAUACGACAGGUACGUCUAUCCCUUACUUUCGAUAUUGGUAAGGUACAAGCUUUAUUUAUUUACUAAAUGGGACAACAAAGGGACAACACUGUCAGGUGGGGUUAUGUACUGACAAUUGCGUAAACGAGAGUCCUGUACGACUAAAUCUGUUAAGUCUCAUCAUUAAGUGCAUUGUAUAUUAAGAUAUCGUCCUUGCUAUCUUAUUUCAUUCAUCAUUUGAAGAUAGCCCAAGUGGCCCAAAGGACAAUGUGUACUACGAGUUUCAGAACAACGAUAGAGACAAUUUCUUGUAGAAAAAUGAAGUACUACAUGUGACAAGUUAAUAGUUUAUAGAUCACCAUUUUUAUUGUAUAGUUCAUCCCUACUCUGGUUACUCUAUUCACAUAUUAGAUAUUUUGUUAGGAUGUGUAUGCCGAUGGGCUAUGUGAAAUGUGGACCAAUGGGAAUGAUUGUGUUGUAAUUUGAUCAAAGUACGUUAAAUGUGUACACGUAUACACGUACAGAGUGUAACUGUUCCAAAUACAGGAAACGUGGGACUGCAAAAUGUCACAAUCUGGAAUGUGUUUGCUUUCACUUAUGCAUUUAAGUUCGCGGAGAUUUAAUUUCGCGGUAGCGGGAAAAUAGACUUUUCGCGGUGGUUUUAA